UCUUCUUCAAAUCCAUAUAUUUGAGAAAUGGAGACCACCGGAAAAGUGAAGAGAGUUUUCGGAGAAAGGAAAGCUGGCGGUCCCAAAACCAAAUCGGUUUCAAAGUCUGUCAAAGCCGGUCUCCAAUUCCCUGUGGGAAGAAUUGGUCGUUUCCUGAAGAAAGGUCGAUACGCUCAGAGGAUUGGCAGUGGUGCUCCCGUUUACAUGGCUGCUGUUCUCGAAUACCUUGCCGCUGAGGUGUUGGAGCUUGCUGGUAACGCUGCUAAAGACAACAAGAAGAUGAGGAUCAUCCCGAGGCAUCUCCUUCUUGCGAUCAGGAAAGAUGAAGAGCUGGAAACGCUUCUGAGCGGAGUCACCAUUGCUCACGGUGGUGUUUUGCCUCGCAUUCACUCUGUGCUUUUGCAUAAGAAGAAUGCUCCUGCUAAGUCAACCAAGGAGAAGGCUUCCAAAUCACCAGCCAAGUCUUCUAAGAAAGCUUGAUUAAGUUAAUUGUCAUUCACCAUUUUUCAUGUUUAUGUUUGGUUAAUAUAAUCUAUGUUAGGGUUUGGUGAAUGUAUAUGAUAUAAGUCUUAUUUAGGAUCUAUGUAUUUUGUUUUUCCAAACUUUGUCUUAGAUCUUAUAUUAA